AUGGCUUGGCAGCUCAUCCGGAUCAUGCGCCCGGACGAUGCCAACGUCGCGGGGAACGUCCACGGGGGAACCAUCCUGAAGAUGAUUGAGGAGGCGGGAGCCAUCAUCAGCACCCGCCACUGUAACUCCCAGGCUGGGGAGCCCUGCGUGGCCGCGCUGGCGCGGGUGGAGCGGACGGACUUCCUCUCCCCGGUGUGCAUCGGCGAGGUGGCCAACGUCAGCGCCGAGAUCACCUACACCUCCCGGCGCUCUGUGGAGGUCCAGGUCAACGUCAUGUCCGAAAACAUAUUAACAGGGGCGAAGAAGGUGACGAACAAGGCGACGCUGUGGUACGUGCCGCUGUCCCUGAAGAACGUGAACAAGGUCCUCGAGGUUCCCCCCAUCCAGUAUGCGAGAAAGGAGCAGGAGGACGAGGGGAAGAAGCGUUACGAGGAGCAAAAGCUGGAUCGGCUGGAAACUAAGCAGAGAAACGGCGACGUGAUCUUCCCCGUCAUCAACCCAGAGCCGCACACUGUUGGCUACAGCCAGUCCAGCCUGAUCCACCUGGUGGGACCGUCGGACUGCACGCUGCUGGGCUUCGUGCACGGAGGUGUCACCAUGAAGCUCAUGGACGAAGUUGCUGGGAUCGUGGCCGCCCGCCACUGCAAGACCAACAUUGUCACCGCCUCGGUGGACGCCAUCAACUUCCACGAGAAGAUCAAAAAAGGCAGCGUCAUCACCAUUUCGGGGCGCAUGACCUUCACGAGCAAUAAAUCCAUGGAAAUCGAAGUCUUUGUGGAUGCCGACCCGUUCGUGGACGAGCCUCGGGAGCGGUACCGUGCCGUCAGCGCCUUCUUCACCUACGUCUCCCUGAGCAAGGAGGGGAAGCCCCUGCCUGUCCCGCAGCUGCUGACGGAGACGGAGGAUGAGAAGCGGCGCUUCGAGGAAGGGAAGGGCAGGUACCUCCAGACGAAAGCCAAGCGGCAGGCGCAGAUGCAGCAGGCUGCCCGGCAGUGAUCCCGUCCCGCGCCGCCCCGCGCUCCCGCAGCCUUCGCCCGCCAAACGUCCAGGUUCCCGUUAGUGUCGUGUCCGGUCCGCGCCGGGCCUCGCGCCUUCGCCCGCCCCCGCCUGCCGCCGGAGCCGCCGCGGUGGUGCGGUUGCUUCGCUGCUGAUCGGUUUAGUGCCGUAGACCUUGUGCUUUAGGUGGCUUAAGCACCCCGAAAGCCUCCGGGAGCCUUCCCGGUCGCUCGCCAUUCACCUCUGGAGCCCUGUUUUCACCGUUUAACCCUGUAAGCGAAGCUGCUGCCCGUGCUGGAGCGGGGCAGCGGCGCGGCGCGAGGGACGCGCGAGGCCACGAGUCUUUGUGAUGCUGUGUUAAACUUGCCAGUAUGUCCUAAAACUGCACACCAAAGCUUACGUACGAUACUGGCGACGAGAAACGCGCCCCGGUAUCGUACUGAAUGUCUCGGACCGUUUCGUUGACAUCUCUAGGUAGUUUCUCUGUGCACAACUAAAUUAUUUAAGGAAUCCUGUGGCAUAAAUAAAAUCUGUUGUCGU